AUGGAGGAUCUAAUUUUCAUCGUUGGUGUAACAUAUGAUCACAUGAAAACAUUUUUGAGGAUCGUGAAAAAUCAAUCGACCGAGGAAUUUGAGAGCCUACCGUACAUUUGUACAUUGUUGAAUUCGAGCUUGUGGACUUACUAUGGAAUUAUAAAGCCUGGGAGCUAUCUUGUUGCCACUGUUAAUGGCUUUGGAGUGGUGGCUCAGUUGGUGUAUAUAGCUUUGUUUCUUCUCUUUGCUCCUCCAAGAAGAAGAGUAAGGACAGCAAUAAUGUUUGCAAUUGUAAAUGUGUUAUUUUUUGGGGCAGCUUUAGUAGUCACAUAUUUGCUGUUGCAUGGGGACAUAAAGAUUGAUGCAAUUGGACUCAUGAGUUCAGCUUUCAACAUUAUUAUGUAUGCUUCACCUCUUGCAGCCAUGAAAACCGUGGUGACGAGCAAGAGCGUAGAGUAUAUGCCUUUCCUUCUCUCCUUUUGCUUUUUCUUGAAUGGUGGAGUACCAAAUGGGAUUGGCCUUGCACUAGGGACACUGCAAUUGGUACUCUACGCAAUGUACACUAAUUAUAAACCCUCAAAACUUCCAAAGGCUGAUUUUGAGGACACAAGCCAAAACGAGCCACUGAUUUCAGCUUCAGAACAAUGUUGAGAUAUUAAUUGGGGGUGGGUUAUUAUUUUAAUCUUUCAUCAGUUACCUAUAUAAGUGUACUCGUUAGAGGGCUUCUUUUAUGGGAUAAUGCUAUCAUCUCUCCGUGAAAAGUUGAUUCUCUAGCAUGAUUGGUAUGAUGGAAUGAAAUUUGAUAGGAAUUGAGAAUUGAAGAAUGGAAUGAUUAUAAAAAUGGAAUGAAACAUGUUUUGUCAUUGAUGCUUUUGGUAUACAGAAUGAAUAGGGCUGGAAUGGAAUUACAUUAUUAUUUUUUAUUAUAAAAAUAAAUAAAAACUUUUUUUAAAAAAUAAUAUACUUUUAAUAAAUUAUAAAUAUUUUUUAAUA